AUGGGGAAGGGCGAGAAGGCGGCCGCCCCGCACUGCCAGCCCGUUCACGGCAUACAUCUGUGUGAACAGCCAAAGAGCAACAGGCCGAAGAGCAAGUGCAGCGCGCCCCUGGCAAAGAUCGCCACCGCAAAAAAGAUUGAGAACUUUUGGCAAGAGCCCGUAUCGCCCGAAACAAUUCAGAAGCAGGAGAAAAAGCCACUUAAAAACACAGAGAACUUCCGAAAUACAAAGUCCAAGAAACCCCUCACCAUAACCGAAGCAAGCCAAAAAGAAAAUUACGCUGGGAUUACGGUGCUGGGCACCCCGGCGGAAGAAGACGGAGGGGGCAAAAUAGACCUCAUAGAAGCCGGAGCGUUUGAUGACCUGGACGUGGUUUUUAUGGCGCACCCGUCGCAAGAAAACGCAGCCUACCUGCCCGACGUGGCAGAGCACGAUGUGACUGUGAAAUACUAUGGAAAAGCUUCUCAUGCUGCUGCUUAUCCUUGGGAAGGACUUAAUGCAUUAGAUGCUGCUGUUCUGGCAUACAACAAUCUGUCUGUUUUAAGACAGCAAAUGAAACCAACCUGGAGAGUUCAUGGCAUAAUAAAAAACGGUGGUGUGAAACCUAACAUCAUUCCUUCUUACACUGAAAUGGAGUUUUACUUGCGUGCCCCUUCAGUGAAAGAUCUUUCUCUUCUGACAGAGAAAGUUGAAAACUGCUUCAAAGCUGCAGCAGUGGCCACAGGAUGCAAAGUGGAAAUAAAGGGUAGUGAGCAUGAUUACUACAAUGUGCUUCCAAAUAAGAGUCUGGAGAAAGUUUACAAGGAAAAUGGAAAGAAGCUUGGAAUAGAAUUUAUUUCAGAUGACUUGAUUUUGAAUGGUUUGUCAGGUUCUACUGACUUUGGGAAUGUAACAUAUGUAGUUCCUGGACUUCAUCCUUAUUUUUAUAUUGGCUCGGAUGCAUUGAAUCAUACUGAGCAGUACACGGAAGCAGCAGGGUCACAGAAGGCACAGUUCUAUGCAUUGCGAACUGCAAAAGCACUGGCAAUGACAGCACUGGAUGUAAUUUUCAAGCCAGAUCUGCUAGAAGAAGUUAGACAAGACUUUAGACAGAUGAAACUAAGAGAGGAGGAGCAACUAAACUCAGCAGAACCAGGCAAAGAAUCUGGUCUUGGCAUAGGAGCUGCGUGUGCAUCACGUUAA